AACCUUAUCCCCGACGUGAAUAACCUGGAAUCCUGUAAUCACCGCCCUCCGGUAACGGCGCUUCCCUUCCAUUCCGCAACGCUUCUCAGUACAGCCAUAAGUCCUCGCAUCUUUUCGUCUUGGCCAGGCCAAAAUACCCGUCAUGAGCGGCAGUCACGUCGCCGGGCACGGCGACCACGAAGAGCACGAGCAUGAGUACGAGGAUGACUACGACAAUGAGCACUACCACGAACACGACCAAGAGCACGACCACGAUGACGACGAUGACGACGAUGACGACAACAAUGAUCACGGCCGUGAGCACGAUCACACGCACCCGCCGACUGACUGGCUGGACUGGUUAGAAGCGCAUGCCAACGACGACGAUGAGGAGGAGGCCGAUGAGGAUGAGGAUGAUGGUGUUUUUGGAGGCCGCGGUAUCGAGGUCGAGGUCGUCAUCGAGGAAGUCAUGGACCAAAAUGAACAAGGGGAAAGCUCGCAGGGGGCUGCAGCCGGGGGCGGGCAGGGCGCCGGACAGGGGCGGCAAACGCGGGUGAUCAGGUUAGGUCGUGGUACGUUGACGGCCCAUCAGCCCCAGCCUUCCUUGAAUGCACUCACUGAACCGCCGGGUGGGCGAGUAGGGGGGCCGUACAUGACGCAGCGCGAGGUGCUGGCGUUGCUCCGGGGACAGUAUAUCAACCCGACCAUCGUCGACGACGGCGACGGCCGCGGUGAGCGCUUCUCCUGGAACAUCGGCAGCUUUGACGGCCCCAAGCCGUUCCCCAAGGUGCCCAGCGAGGAGGGCAGGAAGCUGAUGCAGUCCGGCGUAUUCGGGGCCUACGACCGGCGGCAACUCAAACCCAAGGCUCUGGCUCGUAGGCUGCUAGAUCGCGAACUGGGCCUGGAUGGUUGGUCAGGGCAGAAAGUCAACCGAGGCCUCAUGGCUCAGUCGAUGUUGCCGUCCACGAAGCCAGAGAUGGUAAUCCAUUACGACGACCCGGUCUGCUGCGGGCAGUUCUCGGACGACGGCAACUUCUUCUAUGCCUGCGUCAAGGACUUCAAAGUCCGCUUGUACGACACGUCAAGUCCGUACAACUGGAGACACUACAAGACAGUCAGGUACCCGUUCGGCCAGUGGACCAUGACGGACGCCGAUCUCAGCCCGGACAACAAGUGGCUGGCCUUCUCGUCCCUCCAGCCGCACGUGGGCAUCGCAGCGACCGAUCCCAACGACACGGGCGAGCCAUACUCGCUCGAUCUAUCCGAUGGCUCUCGCAGGACCGGCGGGGAGUACAUAUUUGGCGGCUUCGCCAUCUUCUCGGUGCGCUUCUCCGGAGACGGCCGCCACCUGGUCGCCGGCACGGGCCAGAGCUCGAUCGUGGUGUACGACAUCGAGCGGCGCAAGACGGUGCACCACGUGGUGGGCCACCGCGACGACGUCAACGCGGUGUGCUUCGCCGACAAGGGCUCGCCGCACAUCCUGUACUCGGGCUCGGACGACUGCACGGUCAAGGUCUGGGACACGCGCAGCCUGGGCGACGGGCGCGAGGCCGGCGCGUUCGUGGGCCACAUCGAGGGCCUCACGUACAUCGACACCAAGGGCGACGGGCGGUACGUGCUCAGCAACGGCAAGGACCAGAGCAUGAAGCUGUGGGACCUGCGCAUGGCCAUGUCGACGGCGCGGUUCGAGGAGCUGGACCCGACGGCGGUGACGCGGCGGCGCGACUACGAGUACGACUACCGGUGGCAGGACUACGAGGACUACCAGUGGUUCCCGCACCCGCACGACAACUCGCUCGUGACCUUCCGCGGCCACAAGGUGCAGCGCACGCUGAUCCGCUGCCACUUCUCGCCGCCCAACAGCACCGACUCGCACUACGUCUACUCGGGCAGCUACGACGGCUUCGUCUACGUCUGGAACCUCGACGCCACCCUCGCCGCCAAGAUCGACGUGCGGUCCGCCACCCGCGGCGCCGUCGCCCGCCCGCCCCGCUCCGACCGCCGCCACCGCCUGCACCUGCACCCCCGCAACGCCGCCGGCUGGGAGGCCCUCGUCCGCGACGUCGGCUGGCACCCCAACGCGCCCAUGCUGGUUGGUAAGUACCUACUUGUGAUCCCUCCUCAGCAUCUCAUAAGCCUAUAUAUCCCCUUCUGGAGAGAGAGAGAGAGAACUCAUGCUGACGCGCUGCAAGCAUCGGCGUGGAGCGGUCCGGCCAUGGACGCCGGGACGGCGUCGCUGCACUCGUUCAACGAGGGCGAGAGCGACGAGGCCGAGCCUCCGAUGGGCAUCCCGCUGACGGAGAAGCUGGGGCCGUUGCCGGAGUGGUCUUCGUCUCGGUAGCGGGAUGAUUUCGUUUGUUUGGUUCUUUGGGUGCAGUUUCUUUUGCUGUUGUGGUUCAACGGACCAGAUUGUCUCAUAUUUUAUGGCCCUCAAGAUCGAUCUUUACGUUCCUUGCGGGGUGGGGGUUGAGGUUGCGGCGUUGGAGUCGCAGCGGUGGAUUUCCUGGGCUGACGAUCACUGAUUUAUACCGAAUAUGUUGGAUGAGAUGGGCCUAUGAAACACGAGCAGAACUUAUUUUUCU